AUGGCCAAAACUAGACCGGGGAAAAGGGACGCGGAUUCGUACACGAUCAGAGGCACCAACAAGGUCGUCAGAGCUGGGGAUUGCGUGCUGAUGCGCCCAUCGGACACCGGUAAGCCUCCGUACGUGGCACGCAUCGAGAAGAUCGAAGCUGACAACCGGGGCAACACGAAAGUGAGAGUCAGGUGGUACUAUAGGCCGGAGGAGUCCAUAGGAGGGCGCAGACAGUUCCAUGGAGCCAAAGAGCUCUUCUUGUCUGACCACUAUGAUGUUCAGAGCGCUCACACCAUUGAAGGCAAGUGUACGGUCCACUCUUUCAAGAGCUACACAAAGCUUGAGAAUGUGGGAGCUGAAGAUUAUUACUGUAGAUUUGAGUACAAGGCUGCUACUGGAGCGUUCACACCAGACAGAGUUGCUGUGUAUUGCAAGUGUGAGAUGCCAUAUAACCCGGAUGACCUCAUGGUGCAGUGCGAGGGGUGCAAAGACUGGUACCAUCCUGCUUGCGUGGGCAUGACUAUUGUAGAAGCAAAAAAAUUGGAUAGCUUUCUUUGUUCAGAAUGUUCAUCUGAGGAGGAUGUGAAAAAGCCCCAGAACGCAUUUUCAGCAUCACCACAAGCUGGUGCAAAGGUUCACCACAAAUUUAAUCUGACUGUCACAAGAGUGCAUGAUUAA